AUGGAGGAUAUAGAUCGCCUAUUCACCUACCAAGUGUGCGUGUUGAAUGAGUUCCGGGAAGAUGACGUGGCCAGUAACUUCCCAAAGGUUAAGAAAUCGUAUGAAAGAAUUCUGCUAGCCAUUUUGGAGGAAGUGAAAAGGUACCAAGCGGAUUUGCUCCGCAGCGGGAAGGAGCAAACUGGAUGUGAAGAUGCGCCAACUGAGAAACCGCAACACCUCUCUGUUGGUGGAAAUGCGAAAGGGGAAGUUAACCCCUCAGAUGAGGCACACACAAAAGGAGCCAGCAGAGCAGUUCGGAAGAGAAAGCGAAAUGCAGAUGGGGAGGAAGAAGAGAACAAGGAGAGUCCUAGUGCUGACGAAAAAGACAACACAAGUGAAAAGAAAGAAGACGACAGUAAGGAAGGUAACGGAAACGCUCGAAAGGACACCUCUACAAGCGAUGCCGAGAAGGGGAAGAAGAAGCCAAAGGACGCCUCCUACCUCAGAAGAGACAGUCCACCACCCCUCGCAGUGACAGUGAAGGCAGCAGAUAGAACCCCCCCUGCUGGGACAGAGAAAGAAUUUAUAAAAGUGGACGAAGAUUUUAAGUUCCUAACUGCAGAAGACCUCCAAUUUAGAAUCCCCCUAAAGGAACAGUGCGACUUGAAAGGGCUAUUCAACAACCUGGUGGAUGAAAUUAAAAGAAAAAACUACCUGAACGUGUACAGGCAAAUGUACGUGGAAUCGUUUAGGAGAAAUCAGAGGAAAAUUCAAGAGGACUCGAUUCUCCUCACCAGUGGGGCUUACCAUGGGGGGGACAUUACGGGGAGCAGCGCCAAACAGCACACCUCUGUUACCACCUCCGAGGGAACCGUCCAAGUUGUGAAAUUCUACGUCGAAAGGGUGAAGAGCAACCUGUGCCUGUUUUACUUUGACCUGUUUCUGUGCAUCUUGAAAGGCGCCGUGGCGGUGGACUGCGGGGUUAACUUCAUUGCCAACGAUUUGGCGGACGUCCACCGGGAGAGCUUCGGCAAGUUGUUGGAGGUGGUCGCAAGGGGGGAAAGUGCAGCAGGGCGAAGCGAAGCGGAGCAAAGCGCAGCAGGGAAAGGCCCAUCGGGGGAAAGUGCAGCAAGGGAAGACCCCUCGGGGGAAGUCCCAUUUGGGGUAGGCGACAGGAAGCAACUGCCCCGAGGGCACUUCGCGGGCCACGUGAAGGAGCUCAUCCUGAACAGCCUGCACUACCUAAUCGAGCUCCUCGAGCAAAUGAAGGAGCACAACGGCGCCAACUACACGCAGUACAAGGACACCAUCUCCAGGUGCGUCCUAUCGCUCGAAGCCAAAAGGGUAAUAACAUAUAAAGAAGCCACCACAUACAUCGAGUGUAAAAAUUUUGAUAAGCUGAGCAUCUUCAGCAAAGAGCUAAACAAACUGGUUACCAAAGUGAAAACCAAAAAUAUGUAUAGCAUAUGGGUGUAUAAUUUGCUAAGGGAAAAUGUCAGUGGCUAUUCAAAAAUUAUUUUUUUGUUGGAGAGUUUUUUUUCCUCUCCUGGGGGGGGGGGCGACUCUCCCUCGGGGGAUUCUUCCACUCAUAAGCAAACAGACAAGUUAAGAAAAAAAAAAAAAAUAAUUUCGGAACUUUUUUUGAAGUAUAAACUGGGGAGCAGGAAAAUGGUUGGUACACCGAAAGGGGAAGGAAGGGGAAGAAGUGGCCAGCGGAGUGGACUGGACCUGAAGGGGAAGAGCCCACACUGUGCGGCGCCCAGCGAGGGGCACUCCCCCGGCGACGACUCGCCCUCCACGCUGUGCACCCCGGAAGGGGAGGAGCCGCCCGCGCGGGGGGAGUUAGAAGUGAGAGCCGAUCAGGCCGAUCGAGCUGAUCCAGCUGAACUGCCCCCCGGUGAGCUGCCCCCCGCCUGCCCCAAGCCGAAGGACCCCCCCCAGCGGAAGCGCACCUCCGCAGAAAGCACAAAGCGAUCGUGGGAGAGGCACCUGAACUGCUUCUACUGCACCGACUUGAUCAAAUUGAAGAACAAAAUUUUCACCAUCGCGGGCCUCCACAACUUGUGCCCGCGCAGGGUGCUCUCCAUACUCAUCUUCUUUUACGAGCAGAACGUGGAGAGCCCCAAGCAGCUGCUCCCCCUCUUCUUCCUCUACACAAAGGAAACUAUCACAGACGUCAUUCUACUAGAGUUAAAAAUAAAAAACAAUUACAUUAGAGAGAUGGAGCAGAAGGAAUUGCAAAAAUUGAAGCUCCUUCACCGAAGUGAAGAAGACACGGGAAGAAGCAAUCAGGACUCGAGCAGAUUUCUAGAUCCUUUUUUUUUAAAUAAAAAAAGUUUUUUCACCCCCAACUACUUUAAAAUGUGCUCCAUCCUAAUUUUAAAUGACCUCCUAAAUUUUAAUAGCUUUUACGAGCACAUCCUUCCAAAUGAUGAGUUGCUCAAAAUAGCAUAUGAAGAACUGUAUAGAAAGCUCCGGGAAGAUUAUGAGAAAUCUACAUCCGAGAGAUUGACUCCCUUUUUUUUGCCCUACCUCCCGAUGGAUAUAAGCGAGCUGCACCUUCUCUAUAACAAAGUGCGUAGGUACAAUCAGAAGAGCAAAGCUCUCGAUCGAUCGUCAUCCAGACAUGGCAUAGACCAUAGCUACAGUAGCGGUUCGGGGCAUAACAACCAGCCGUCUGUUGGCUCCACGCAGAAGGGCAGUUCCUACUCGAAUGAGAACAUCGGGGAGGGCGUCACUUCGCCAGGUGGGAGCAACGGCCGGUCCAGCAGCAUCACGGAUGGGACGACUCCCAGGGGGGGUAGAGCCCCCAAGGGGGCCACCUCAUCAAACGCAAUCAACACCGUCACCACCUCUGAAGCGUCGCUGAGCGACCCCUCCAAAAUCUUCGAAGAGGGGCAAUCGGAACACGUGGACAACCGCGUAGUGCACUACCUCCUAAAUUGCAAACAUGUCGACCUAAAAAAAAAAAACGAACAAAUCGCGGAUCUCCAGAACAAGGACCCGAUUGAGUUUUUCCUUUUUGAUAUGAUUCACAACAAAUCCAAUGGUGCAGAAAAUUUCGUAAAGAAUUACAUCGAGAGGGAAAUACAGCUGAGGAACGAAGUGGCCAACUCUAAAUUUUUGAAGCACACUAAUUCGUAUGACUACCUCUUCCUUCCAGAUGACAAUUAUUUCUUUCUUCUAGGUCGACUCUUUUUUAUUAAAAAUCCAAAAUUUCUCUUCUUAUCAUCUUUGAUUAAUCUAAAUGCCUGGAGCUAUGUUGUCACCUUGCUGGACCAUAUGGCUAGCUACCAGUGCAACCCCUUCCUCAACUACUACGUUAGUUUGUCUAUGUCUAGGCUCAUUGGGCACUCCAUCACCUCGUUUGAGAGGGCAUACCUCGCAGGUGAAGCUCCUCGGGAGGCACACACAGCAAGUGGGUCGAAUCUAAAACAGAGACAAGUGCCUUACUAUAUAAGAAAGGCGAACAAUGUAGCCGGGGGAGAAGCUGCCUUCUCUCGGGAAGACAAACCCCAGAAUGAGGGUACUACUGCACAAAAUGGAGACACCGGUGGGCCCUGCUUCUUCUGCAAGAUUCAUCUCGACACCAGGAGGCUUUACAGCUACCAGUGCAUUAAAGUGCUGAACCGGAACAAGACGCACCUGCAGAACCUGUUCAGGGAUGAAAAGAAAAUCCAAAAGAAGAAAAAAAAAAUGAAGCAAAUUUUAAAAAGCGUUAUGCACAAUGGGAGGGGCGGCGCCCCCGGGGGGGCCAGAAACGCCAAUAGUGAUCGAACCCCCUGUGAUGGAGCCACCUGUGAUGGGCACUCGCUUUACGGGAAAGCCGACGAAACUGCGAAGAAGAAGAAAACACGCGCAAAUCAGUCCAGUCGAUCCUCCACCCUGCUGCGCCCGCUGAGGAAGCACCUCCUGCUCUGCUCGAACGCCCCGCCGUCUGAGGACUCGUCCGAGGCGGAUCCAGUCAGCAGUGUACACCACGCCAGCAAAGCGGAUCCCCCCAGUGAUGCAAACCAGGUUAGCGGUGCGCACCCCACCAGUGAGGCAAACCAGGUCGGCAGCGCCGCUAUCGCCGACGCCGCCUGCGCGAGCGACCUGGACACCUUCCUGAACUUCUUCUCGUCCAACCGAACCAACAACUACAUGAAGAAGAUAAAAAGCGCGGACGACUUUUUCAACAGAGCACUGCAGUAUGUCAAGUACCUGGGCUACUUCGGGUACCUGUAUAAGUCCCUGGUGAGGAGGCUGCUGCUCCUGGUGAGGGCCUACGUGAAGAGGAAGGUGAGUCGAGGGGAGGAGCUGCAUGCCAACUUUGACAAGCUCUUCAUCCGCUUUUUUUUCCUCUGCCCGAUAAAUGAGGACGACGAGGGGGGGAGCGGCGGAAGCGUCGGAAGCAGCGGAACUGUCGGAAGCGGAAGCGGAACCAUCGGGGGAAGCGACGCGAAUGAUGGCGAUGCCUCCCCCCUGAAUGAGGACAUAUGGAACGUGCUGCGACUCGUCCCCGUGUCCAGGCGCUACAAGCUGUACUCCAAAUUUUACGCCAAAGUGGCGAAGUACCAGAAGGCGGUUUCCAAGCUGGCGGUGGAGCGGCCGGGAAAGGGGGGCCCCAGCGAGGGGGGAGGCAACACUACAGUUACCCCCCUCUUGCCGCAUACCAAAGCAGCCAUUGCCCUCUCCAGCAUCAACUUCGAGCUAGCCAAAAACAAGUUGAGGAAAAUUAUCAAAAGGAUUACGUCGGAUAUACUGAAGGACCGAUACAGCAGCAAAGUGCAAAGCAUCCUAAUGCAGCUAACCAGGGUGAUCAACAGAAACCCCUUCAUCUCUUCGGAAGUGAUUCUGCAGCAGUGCGAGCUGUUCGAUAACAACAUGAUAGUAACUCUCUCCGAAUCUAUUAAAGAUAUACACAGCUUCUCCAGCGACAUUUUUGUUUUUAAAAUUGUGGAGAGACAACAGCUGCUAAAUGUUAGCAAUUACCAGUUAAGCAAACAGUACAGUAUGAACAGUUCAGAUCUUUUUGAUGACUCUUUUUUCAAACCGAAGAAGUUAAUUAACCUUUCGCUAGUCAGUGCCAAGUUUUUGUCCAAACAUCCCUUUGCGGAUUUGUACCCUCUUAUCAUCUCCAUUGUGAAGAGGCUAUUUUCGGAGCUGCACACAUCGGACCAGCUCUUCCUUAGAAAUAGAAUCGAAGCGCAGCAGAGGAACAGUAAGGGGGGCGUCUCCAGUGGGGGGGAAGCGCAACUGAAGGGGGAGCCAAACGAGGGGGUAGAGGCAUCCCAUUGGGAGACCGCCCCGCAGAGGGAGACCCCCCCCCACUGUGGCGACGAAUUCCUGGUAAGCGUCCUCAACGCGACGAAUGCGAAAUACCCCGACGUCAUGAGCGGCUACAUUUUCGAUGUGGACUACCUGCAGAAGCUGAUCGAAAUCUACGGAGGGACAAGCGCAUCGAUCGACGUGCAGGAGCUUAACGAAGAUCAGCUGAAUGCCCAGUGUGGACUGAAGCUCCUCAAAAAGGAAAUCAUGUUUUUGGAAGAAAGCUUCAAUUUUAAUAUGAAUAACGUAGAAUACGAACAUAUAGAAAAAGCGGAGAUGGAUGAUGAGCGGCUACAAAAACUCUGCGUUGAUAAUGCGACUAGGAAUUUAUCCAACCCCAAUGUCGUGUACCUCUUCUUGUGUAUUCUUUCCAAACUGAAAUAUGAAUACCUGUUCGAUAGUAACACGAGUAACUUAAGAAACAUCUCCUCCCUGAUUGACAAAGUGGAUGCAGUUCUCCUUCAGUUUAUCAAUUUUUUGCAGACGAACACGGAGCCCUACCUGUAUUUGACCUACAUCCCCAGCAUCACUUUGAUCUUUUCCUAUUUCGACAUUUCGCAGUCCUUUCAUAUCAUCCGAUUUGCCUUCCCCUUCUUCGACGAGCGCGGCGGUGCGAGGCGGCAGCCCAGGUCCUCUUCCCCCCUGGCGCGCGGUAGAGGCGAGGCCGCCAACCGGAGCGAGGCUGCCAAUCGAGACGACCCCGCAAACCGAAGUGAUGCCGCUAACAGAGGCGAUGCCGCCAUCCAGCGCGCCAACGAGGAGAAGUGGAAGGAAGCCGUCAUGCCCAUCGUGCAGAGGUACCUAAGCAUAGAGAGCCUCAACGGGAUUAACAUCGACUUCUAUCUCACCUACUGGCGGCUAAGCAUCACAGACAUCUAUGUGCCCCACAAGCAGUACCAGAAGGUGAUAGAAAGGUAUGACGCGUACAUAAAGAAGCUAGAAAAGCAUCAUGAGGAGAAUAAAAAAAAUGAAGACUACAAAUGGGUUCUGAAGAAGCUCAGGAAGCUCCGAUCCAAAAGAGGAACCAUCAACAGUGAAUACCAGUUUCACAUCCAACACACAGAGAAAAUAAAAAAGCACUUGUCCCAUGUGGUGGACCACUGGGUGAACCCACAAGAAAUCGACCUGACCACCUUUACAGCUUUCGUCAAAUGUCUCAUCGCGCCGAGAAUAUUAAACAGCGAAAAGGACUCUCUCUUCUGUUCCAAAUUCAUCCUCCUACUCUUAGAAUUCCGCACACCUCUCUUCAAUUUCUGCCUACUAACCUACGUAUGUAUCAAAAUGCUCAUGCCGAUUAUAAAUGCCUGCACGGAGAAGGAGGCUCUAAACAUCGGGCUCUUUUUUAAUGAACUCUUUUCCUACGCAUACCAGUUAUGCCAAGACCCCAAACAUUUUAAACUAGUGUCCGAAGAAAACCCUUGCUUUAGCAGCACGCUCAAUUUCCAAUCGAAAGUUACAAUCGAACACUCCUUCAUCAUCGGCAAGGUGGCCAAGUGGGAGAAGCUCCUCGUUUCUCUUCUCUUUGAAAAUAACAAUCAUCAGAAAUCUUGGAUCAAUUCCAAAUCGGUCGUCAUCUUCCUCUUUCGCGUCCUUCAUUCCUUUCCCUACUCGAACAAGGUGAAGCACUCCAUACGGAAGUACCUGCAGAACCUGCACUCCUUCGCGCAGAGCCGCGGGUGGAAGGACAUCGCCAUUUCGGUCAACAGUUUGAAGACCAUCAUGGAGCGCAACCGCAAAGCGGCGGAGAAGGAAAAGAAGGAGGAGCCCGAGGCGAAGCCCCAGGAAGGCAAGGCCGGCUCGUCCAAGGCAAGCGCGCCCGCGCCGAACCCAGACGGAAACGUCACGAUGAACCCCUUCAACACGUCCAACCCGGUGCACAUGAACUCCAGCCCGACCUUCGUGCCCAUAACGAAGAACUUGUACAACUCAAACAUGUACCCCGUUUUGCACAACUCCAUGAGCAUGCCGCCCAAUCCCUACAUGAAGGACAACCCAUUUAGCAACAAAAUCCCUCCACCACAGGAUCCGAAUAAGUACUUUUUGAAAAAUAAAUUUCGAUUUUUCUAG